AAAAAAGCGGUAAGAAAGAGAGUUCGGCAACUUCUCAACCCGACGAUGCGCUCUGUGCUGUACAGUCUGUGCAAAUGCACUUUGAAACUGCUCCGUGGUCCCUGUUAGCAUGCGCCAGCCUGUCUUUAUCGUGUAAACAGGCCGCGGUGGCGGCGGCACUUGACCAAUCUGUCCGCUGUCACGACACGAAGAGGGGUUAUUUUGUUCUUGUUCGCCGCACCUCGACCGCUCGCAAGUGCACUGGGACCCAGCCGUCGCCCAGCUGUUGGAAACGUGCUCGUGCCCUCACUUCAUCAGCUCGAGCACCGAGUGAAUCUGAGAUUGUCCGAUGGAGCUUUUCACAAUCUUGGAGUCUUCCGAUGUCCAGGACAUCGAGGAACUUAAACAACUCGUCAACCAGUCCCUUGCCAACAAUAAGGACCCGGGCGUUUUAAAUGGACUGGUUGAAUACUACCUGUCCACACGAUCUCAACGGUGCUUGGAUCUCUUAGUUGCGAUCCGAGAACCGAACAAUAAGUACCUGUUCGACAAAUUGCUGGACUCACUUCGGGGAAAGAUGCGACUUGACACCCUUAAGCUCAUCACAAACAUUGUGCACAAGCAGCCUUCCUGGCUUCACUGCAUCACCAGUCACAAGAUCCUAAGUCAGAUUUUGGGGAUCAUUAAGCAUGGCGACCAGGAGCCGACACACAUCAUGUUGGCCAACGUCAUUGUCAUCAGCCUGAUGCCCAUGCUGCCCAUGCAGUUUAACACCACGGUGCUCCAGGAGACUUUUGAAGCUUUCUCUUCCCUCGCAGCGCUCUGUACAAGGAAACCUAGUCACAUCCUCGACACACACCUGUCCUACCUGCGGCUGGGCCUGCAGACCCUCUUUCAGCACCUGUAUGGCAUGUACCCCUGCAAUUUCUUGGCCUACCUGAGGGGAUACUAUGGCAGUCAGGACCACAGCCGGGAGAACUUUGCCAUCUACACCAAGACUAUCAGGCCUCUGCUGCAGAGAACCCGCCUCCAUCCUCUCCUAGUCACUGCGUCCAAGGAGGCAGAGCUGAGCUCAUCGAGGUGGAAGAAGACCCAGACGUACGACAUCUUGGUGGAGUGUGCGAGGCACGUGGUGGACUCGAGGGAGUGGAUGCCUGAGGCAGAGGCCCCCUCCCCACCCCCGGUGCUGCCGGCGGCCCUGCCCGACCUCAACAACGUCCCUCCCCUGCAGCAGCCGCCGGCCGCCCACUUCCCCAAGGGAGAGCCUGCCGUCUUCUCGUCGGUUGCCAUGUCCCCCUGCUGGAGCCCCAUUGAGGCCUGUGGAUUGGCCAAGCCCAGGCAGUCAGCGGGGCGGGAAUUCCCCAGAACCCUCGUUCACGAAAAAUCAUUUGAAAGCCAGGAAGGCAGCUUACCACUGGAUCUUGCUGUAGAGGCAACUCCGGAGGACAUCAGCGCUCAGCAGGGUAAUGCUCAACCGGUCUCGGGGGUCGACAACCUUGGAAGCGCCAAAGAAGAGAUCGCUCUCUCUGACCUGAGCGGCAGAGGACAACUGGCAGUGUGCGAUGAAGCAGGUGGCGCGGGUGAGAGGGACGACCAGCAGACGACCCCCGGCCCGACGGGGGUCGUGGGCGAGACCCCAUUCUUCUCGACGACCAACAACCUGACGGCGGAGCCGCACAACUCGUUGUCGGAGCUGCCGGAGUACCAGGAAGAGCAGCAGCUGGGCAGCCAAAGUGCAGCCGCCUCGCUAGAACACAGCAUGAACCGGCUGCGCUACUACAGCCAGUGCCCCAUGAGCUGCUACGGCAUAGGCAGGCCCCCGCUGGGACGCAGCCGCUCUUGCCCUCGGCUGCCGGGGUCCCUGCCUCAAGCUGGGGCAGGUGGGGACAGUGUCCCCACAGGGCACGCGGAGCCCAAGAAUACCCUGUUCGAACUGCCUCCGGGAGUGCUACCGCAGCCAAAGCCGUGCCGCGCAUCGGGUGACUGCGGGGACCGGGGUGAUGGCGCCCGGAAGGUGAUGCAGGCGCCCGAGGACUCGUACGGGGCCCUGCUGUCCCUGUCCCUGGCCCCGUUCCAUCCGCAGCAGAGGCUGGGCGAGGCCCCCUCCUCCUCCUACCUGACACUUUCCGAAAUGUCCUCCGGGGAGCUGCUGGAGAAGCACCUUCAGGUCAUCAGCGAUAGCUACAUCAGGCAGAUGCAAGCGUCGGGCAAGGGUGGCUCGUCCACGACCCAGCCCGGCAGUGGUGGGCCGCAGGCAGACGAGGCCCACUGCCUGCGUGGCGAGGUGUGCCUACUGUACGCUCAGCUGCUGUACGAGCGGCACCGCAAGGACGUGCACAUCGAGCGCAACCGGCGCCUGCUGGCCAAGGCUAAGAAGAUCCUGGCCCUGGAGGAGCAGACCUCUGCCUAUAAGGACCAGUUGGUCCUCUUGGAAAUGGAGAUUAAGCAGCACCAGGACCACAUGGAGCAGGCCGCCUCUGCUGCCGAACAAGAGAAGGCGAAACUGGAGGCAGCACUGAAGGUGCUGCACAGCCGCAUCUCGGUACUGACGGUACAGAACGAAAGCCUGGUGCAGGAGAACAGUGCCAUGAAGGAACAGAUCCGUGUGAUUGAGAUGAAACUGGCAGAGAUCAAGAAGGAGGUGGACGGCAAUGCGGCCACACUACUGGAGACCAAACUGGAGCUGGAGACUGCCCAGAACCAUGCAUCCAUCAGCCGCAGCUACGAGCAGCAGGUGGGGGCGCUGCAGCGGGAGCUGGUUGCCCUGGCUGAGAUGUACAAGCGACUUGAGGCGCGCCUGGCCGCGAUGUCGCCCCAGCGCAGCAUCGCCAAGGAGGUGGCCCUCGUGCAGGAGGCGGCAAGGGUCGAGACAGCCGGUACCAGGCAUCUCUUGGAUGCCAAGUCAACUCACCUAGAGGCUUUGAGCAGUCGGGUCAAGCAGCUUGAAGGAGCUCUGUCCAAUAAGGAUGUCCAGAUUGCAGAGCUGAAGCAGCUUCUGGAGCAUGUGGGAGUCUGUCAUCAGGAGCAGAUGCAGAGCAAGGAAGGGCACAUUUCCAUGUUGACCAGCAUGUGCCAGAGGAUGGAGGCUCAUCUCAUUGAGCUGCGGCAUGCUGCGGACCAGAAACGAGAAUCAUGUUCAGAAGCAUCGGGAGGCUUUGACGAAAUCUGCUCCACCAUGGAAAUGGAUGGGAACAGUCCAACUGUCGAUCCAUCCGGAUUGCUCGGGUCCUACAGUUCUACCACGGAGAUGACCCCAGUUUCGGAUAUGCUGAGGGAUGCUGAACAGGCUGCUGAGUUCCCCAAGCUUCGGCACAACCAUCCAGAGCAGAUUGAAUUGGAAGACAUCACAGACAACGUUCCACACGACGAAGAGGAAGAAGUUUCCGCCGCUGGCGGCGAUCAGGAAGAGUCUUAGGAGGUCUUGUGGAGCCCUCCAAGGUUGCAUGAAAGUUUAUUCCAAACGUUGGCCUUGAAUGACCUUGAGCGACCUUGAGCUGUCGCAUCUUGGUGCGAGGGAUUGGUUGUUGGGCUAAUUUGGGGCUCCGGCAGUUCCCGUCGCCAACGGAAGCCAACUUGUAAGAUGCGUUGACCAUUUAUUUUUUUUCAAAGGUGGACGGCGGAAUAGAUUUGUGAAUAGUUUAAGAAAUUAAUAAAGGUUUUGUAUAUAUGUUCAAAUAUUUAAAA